AUGGCUUCAAAGGCUCUCUUUGGACAAGGACGACGUAGGCAAUCUCUAGAUCUUCUCGUGAAGUCUAGAGAUUAAUGAAAUGGGUCGUCGAGUCAUUUCCAACGGUUGUGACGUGACUCAGUCAUUGUAUAUUAAAUCACGCAAAUAUAAAAUUUAUAAAACUAGAAAAUACAAAUUUUUGAAUAUUUAGAAGUAUUUCUAAAUAAAUAUAUCAAUUAUAAUUCAAUAAAAAUUCCAAAAAUAGCAGUAAUUUUCCAGGUCGAUCACAGGGAUGUAAUAUAAUAUCUGGUAAUUAUUCAGAAUUUUUUUCAAUGAAUACGAUUUUCUUACGAAUUUUAUAUUAGGAAAUAAAAAGGAAAUAUAUUUAAAAUUCACGAAAAAAAAGGAAAUAAGGGUGCGGGCGUCAGGAUGACAUCAGCGCCCGGCGAACGCGAAUCAGGCAGAAACAGAGUUCCACCCGGCGAUUCUUACGUAAGCGAUUACAGACGACUUAAUUAAUCAAAUUAAAAUCUGUAAAAGCCAGAAGAAUCGUAAUUUAACGAAGUAUAGUUUGGUAAAUUAAAAUCACACAAAGUAUCACUAAAUGAAGCGUAAAUUAAAUUGAAAGCAGGAAAACAGAGUUCCGGCGUCGCGACGGCGAUGCGUCAGCGAUGCAUCGGAAUCCUGAGCAUUCGGGAGGAUCGUCGUGCAGUGUCCAUGGCCUCGAAGGCUCUCCUUGGACAAAGACGACGUGGGCAAUCUCUAAAUCUUCUCGCAAAGUCUAGAGAUCAAUGAAGUGGGUCGUCGAAUCGUCUCUGGCGGCUGUCACCCGGCGGAGCGGAAAAACGGUGACUUUGCGGCUCUCCGACGGCUGUCACCCGACGGAGAGGAGCUGGAUGGAGGUGGGGCGCGUGUCAGGGAGCUUCAUCCUCAGGUCCGCGCAGCAAGAGGAGGCUCUUCAUCGCAUCUGGUACGCUCUCAGGAGGUGGCGACUGGUCUCCCGGCGGAUCGUCCUCUUCCCGACGACGGCUUGUUCGCCGAUCAAUCGGAGAUGAUUUACUCGAUGGAUUGCGAUCCUUUUAUCGCGAAUCGUUCAGAAAUUUUAGUAGCAAUGCUCCGCGAAUCGCGUUGACGAGAUUUUCGCCGAUGAUCCAGCGAUUCCGGUUGCUUAAUCCUUCACUGGCGAUCUGCAGGAAAGUCGCGAUAAUCAGUUAAAAAUAUAUGAAUUUUGACUCUAGGAGGAUUCGAACCCGCGGCGGUCGCCGGCCCCUGAACAAGGUGUGACGCGGGUUUAGUCCCACAUCGGUUGUGCGCGGAUUAUUUGGGCGAAUAUAUAGUAAAGUUAGCUUUGUAGGCAAAAUCCUCUCGCGUGUACGACCACUCCUUGCCCCACAGCCGGCUGACCACCGGUGACGUGGAAGGGGAGUGGCGCACACGUGCCCCUAUCGAUCCAAGCAAGCCGCUCGAGCCCCUGCUCGCGGCUACUCCCCGACUGCGCUUCCGACCCGCUUGCGGGCCCGGCUGGCCGGCGGGUCUCCCCAUUUUGCAAUAUUUUUAUUUUUAUUUCUUGUUCUUCGUUUAUCUCAAAACUAAGACUGUAAAAAUCGUAUAAAAUCACAUAAUUACCCAAAAAUUCACGUUAAUCAACUGAAAACCACUUUUCAUGCUUUAACACAAAUAUAAGUCUAUUGAUCAUGAGUUAAGGCUAAAACUAUAUUAUUUACUAAUUAUUAACUCAUGAUAAUGAAGACUUAUCAAGAGCCUUCGAGGCCGUGGACACUGCACGACAAUCCUCCCGAACGCUCAGGAUUCUGGUGCAUCGUUGACGCAUUGCCGUCGCGACGCCGGAACUCUGUUUUCCUGCUUUCAACUUAAUUUACGCUUCAUUUAGUGAUACUUUGUGUGAUUUUAAUUUACCAAACUAUACUUCGUUCAAUUACGAUUCUUCCGGCUUUUACAGAUCUUAAUUUGAUUAAUUAAGUCGUUUGUAAUUGCUUAUGUAAGAAUCACCGGGCGGAACUCUGUUUCUGCCUGAUUCGCGUUUGCCGGGCAUUGAUGUCAUCCUGACGUCCGCACCCUUAUUUCCCUAUUUUUAUGAAUUUUAAAUAUAUUUCCUUUUUAUUUCUUAGUAUAAAAUUCGUAAAAAAAUCAUAUUUAUUGAGAAAAAUUCUAAAUAAUUACCAAAUAUUAUAUUACAUCUUUGUGAUCAAUGUGGAAAAUUACUGCUAUUUUUGGAAUUUUUAUUUAAUUAUAACUGAUAUAUUUAUUUACAAAUACUUUUAAAUAUCCAAAAAUUCAUAUUUUCUAGUUUUAUAAAUUUCAUAUUUGUGUGAUUUAAUAUACAACGAUUGAGUCACGUCAAAUUUAGGUGCCAUUGUUGGGGAUGUAUUGCAUAAUAUUUAGUAUUUUUCUAUUUUUUUCUUAGAGUACAUAAAAAAAAAAACUUAACUCUUGUUUUAUUCUCUUUUUGCCGAUUUUUAUUAGAAAAAGGGAACGAAAAGAAGCACGGCAAGGACUGGAGCAUCUUGAAGGAGGGUAAUAGUUACUAACUUUUUCCCUCGAAUUUACUGUUUUUUAUCCAUGAUAGAAGAUCCUUGCAUCCAAGGCUAGAAAAUCUUUUCAUUAUUUCAUUCAAAAAUAAAAAUCUGAAAGAAAAAUUAAUUUUGAUGGAUCUUGAAGGAAGUACAAGUCAAACUGAGAACAAUCCUAUGGCCAUGAAAAAUCAUUAUAUCCCUGAUUCAUUUCAAAGAGCAUCUAAUAUUAGAGUCCCAUUAGCAUCCACUGUUAAAUUCGAAAUAAAUCUAGGAAUUUUUCAAAUGUUCCUUAAUUUUCAUGGUUUGCCUUUAGAGGAACCUCAUCAGCACUUAGAAAAAUUUCAUAUGGUCUGUGAUUUAGAUAAUCUCCCUCAAGUUACACCAGAAAUUAUUAAGAUGAAAUUAUUCCCUCAUACACUUAGGGACAAAGCUAGUCAUUGGCUGUCCACAUUAGAUAAAGAAUUAACUAGCUAGAAAGAUAUAGAAUAGGACUUUCUUCGAAAAUUUUAUCCUUUAAGAAAAACUCAAAAUAUGGGAAAACAUAUAUGGAGUUUUUCUCAAAGACUAGGAGAAACUUUGCAUGAGACAUGGGAAAAAUUCAAAGAUUUACUUAGAAAGUGUCCUCAUCAUGCUAUACCCAAGUGGCAGCUCAAUAGAAUUUUUUAUGAUGGAUUAUUAGAACAACAUAGAAAUAUGGUUGAUUCUAUAUGUGGAGGAGCUUUUAUGGAGAAAACUCCUUAUGAGAUUUACAAUCUUUAUGAGAAUUUAAAUGAAAAUUCUAGAGAUCAAGCCUCUUUUGAAUUAUAUGACAGGGAUAAGAAGAGAGGAAUUUAUGAAUUGUAUCAUGAUGAUGAUUCUAAACUUAGAAAUGAGGUUAAUCAUAUUAAUCAAAGAUUAAAAAAAUUAAUUUACUUAUUGAAAAUAUUAAAAAGGCUUUUAACCCUCAACUUAAUUCAAAUAGUACAUGUCUUAUGUAUGGUGAAAAUGAUUAUUCUGAAUUUCAAUGUUAUAAUUUAGAUCAAUCAUUUCACCCUAUGCAAGAACAAGUGCAAGUAGUUCACAGUUUUUAUAGAAAUAGAGAAUAUUUUUCAAAUUCUUAUAAUCUUAAUUGGAGGAAUAAUUUUUCAUGGAGAGACCCAAAUAAUAUUCAAAAUUCAGAAGCACUUAGACCCAAUUUAAACUUUGAAUUUUGUCCAAAAUAAGAAAAUAGAUUUCAGAAAAAUCAGCCCUCUCAAACCCAACCUGAUGCUAUGGAAAUGAUGCAGCAAAUGAGCCAAAUGAUGCAAUAAACUAUGAAUCAAAUGAUGUAGUACUAGAAACAAAUUAUAAAGGCCCUUGGGAAUAAGAGAGAAGAGGGACAGCUACCUAGUCAGCCUAUAGAAAAUCCAGGGAACCGCCCAACAAUAGGAUUUCAGCAUGGGGAGUCUAGUAGCAUGAAUCUAGGAAAAAACCCAUGAAAUGAAAAUGUUAGGACAGUGAAUGCAUUAAGGAGUGGUAAGAUCUUACCUGAUCUUUAUCCCCAAACAUUAGAAGAAAAAGAAAACGUAGACAACCCAAAACAAAAUCAAAUAGGAGUAGAAGAGGAUUUUAUAGAUUCUACCAAAGAAAUUUCGAAAGAGAGGACAACCAUUCCAUUUCCUAAAGCUCUAGAGCCUAGACAAAGAAAGAAAAAGGAACAGAAUGAAGAAAUAAAGAAAAUUUUACAAGAUGUGUAAAUUAGUCUUCCUUUACUCACUGCCAUUGAACAUAUUCCUGAAUAUGCUAGAGUUUUGAAAGAAAUGUGUACACCAAAAAGGGCACCUAGAGUAGAAAAAUUAUCCAUACAUGCUAGUGCAUUAUUAUUAAAUCAAUUACCAUUUAAAUUGAGAGAUAUAGGUGCCCCUUUAAUUUCGUGUGAUAUUGAUGGAUUCAUUUUUCAGAAUGCAUUACUUGACACCGGUGCUAGUAUUAAUUUAUUACCUACAAGUAUUUGUGAUAAAUUUAAUAUUUCUGAUCUUAAACCUUGUACUGUUACCUUACAAUUUGCUAAUAGAUCUAUAAAACAUCCUAAAGGUAUUUUAGAAAAUGUGAUAGUGACAAUUAAAGGGUGUAAAUUUCUAACUGAUUUUGUAGUGCUAAAAAUAGAUUUUAAUGGAAAGUUUUAUGAUACACCAAUCAUCCUAGGGAGACCAUUUUUACAUACAGCAAAGAUGAAUAUUGAUUUUCUCACAGGUAUUGCGAAAAUUUCAUGUGGAGAUCAAUCAGUAGAAAUUAAACUUUUUGAGGUAUCAAAUGAUCUUAAGAAAUUCCACGUAUAUGAUUGUCAUACCAUAGAUCUUCUAGAUGAUUUUGAUAAUCUAGAUGUUAUUGAUGACUGUGCUGGAAGAAUUAGAGGAAAUAGAGAAUAUAAAUUUAGAAGAAAAGAAAGAGGAAGAUCAUCUGAAUUUAGAGUUGAAACCUCUUCCCUCUAGUUUAAAAUAUAUGUUUUUGGAGGAAAAUAAUUUAUUUCCUAUUAUUAUUGCAGUUGAUUUGAGUAAUGAACAGGAAGAAGAAUUAUUAAAUGUACUUCGAAAAAAUAAGAAGGCUAUGGGCUAGAAAAUGGACGAUCUAAAGGGCAUUGAUAUGAAAGUAUGCAUGCAUAGUAUAUAUUUAGAAGAGGGGGCUAGAACUAGAAGGGAACCACAACGAGGAUUAAAUCCUAACAUGAUGAAAAUUGUAAAAAAAGAAAUUUUAAAGUGGCUGGUUGCUGAUAUUAUUUAUCCUAUUUCAAAUAGCAAAUGGGUUAGUCCUACACAAGUAGUGCCAAAAAAAUCAGGGAUCACGGUUAUAAAAAAUGAAAAUGGGGAUGAAAUACAAACAAGACUAACUACCGGUUGGAGAGUUUGCAUUGAUUAUAGAAAAUUAAAUUCAGUUACUAGAAAAGAUCAUUUUCCCUUACCAUUUAUUGAUCAAAUUCUAGAAAAAUUAGCUAGAAAAAACUUUUUUUGUUUUCUGGAGGGAUACUCUAGUUAUAAUCAAAUUUAUAUAAACCCUUUAGAUCAAGAAAAAACAACUUUCACUUGUCCAUUUGGUACUUUUGCUUUUAAACGCAUGCCUUUUGGUCUGUGUAAUACUCCAGCCACAUUUCAAAGAUGUAUGCUGUCUAUUUUUUCUGAUAUGAUUGGAAAAUACAUGGAAAUUUUUAUGGACGAUUUUUCUAUUUUUGGUGAAUCAUUUGAUGAAUGCUUAAAUCAUUUACAGCAUGUACUUGAGAAAUGCAUAGAGAAAAAAUUAGUUUUGAGUUGAGAGAAAUCACAUUUUAUGGUUAAAGAGGGAGUUGUGUUGGGUCAUAUUGUGAGUGAAAAGGGUUUAGAGGUGGAUAGAGCAAAAAUUGAUAUUAUAUCUAAAAUGAAACCUCUAAAUUCAGUAAAACAGAUUAGAUCUUUCUUGGGUCAUGCAUGUUAUUACAAAAAAUUUAUUCAAGAUUUUUCAAAAAUUUCUAAACCUCUCACCAUGCUAUUAUCUAAAGAUGUGACUUUUAAUUUUGAUGUGAAAUGUUUUGAGUCUUUUUCCGAAAUAAAAAGAUUACUUACUAAGGCACCCAUUUUACAAGUUCCUAAUUGGUCCCUUCCCUUUGAAAUAAUGUGUGAUGCAUCAAAUUAUGCAGUGGGGGCUGUUUUAGGACAAACAAAAGAGUCAAAACCCAUAGUAAUUUCAUAUGCUAGUAAAACUAUAUCCGAUGCUCAAUUAAAUUAUACCACGACUGAAAAAGAGUUGUUAGCUAUAGUCUUUUUAUUAGAAAGGUUUAGAUCAUAUAUUUUGAGAGCUAAAAUUAUUAUUUAUACUGAUCAUGCAGCAUUAAAAUAUCUGUUAAAUAAGAAAGAUACAAAGCCACGUUUAUUAAGAUGGAUUUUAUUGUUGCAAGAAUUUGACUUAGAAAUAAAAGAUAAAAAAGGUUUUGAGAAUGUUGUUGCUGACCAUCUUUCUAGAUUAAGUGAUACAGGAAUAAAGGCAGCACCUUUACAAGACGCAUUUCCAGAUGAACAAUUGAUGGCAGCUCAACAUCAACCAUCACUAUGGUAUGCACAUAUUGUUAAUUUUCUGGUUUCUAGAAAAACUCCAGAAUAGUGGGAUAAGAACAUAAAACAUUAUUUCUUUUCUAAGAUUAGAAAUUAUUUUUGGCAUAAUCUUGGUUUAUAUUACUUGGGCAAUGAUCAAAUUUUAAGGAGAUGUGUUCCUGAAGAAGAAUAUCAUAGCAUUAUUAACAUGUGCCAUUCAUCUAACUGUGGAGGACAUUUCUCUGGAUGAAAAACAGCUGCAAAAAUUUUUCAGUGUGGUUUUUAUUGGCCUACAAUCAUUAGAGAUUCUAUAGAAUUUAGUAGAACAUGUAUUUCAUGCCAAUCUAUAGGUAACAUGAGUAAAAAAGAUGAAAUGCCCAUGAGUAACAUGUCAGUAGUCGAAAUCUUUGAUGUAUGGGGAAUUAGAUUUCAUGGGUCCCUUCCCAUCAGCUGAAAAAUAUGAAUAUAUUUUGCUUGCUGUGAUUAUGUGUUGAAGUGGGUAGAAGCUACUCCUACUAGAACUAAUGAUCAUAAAAUCGUGAUGAAAUUUGUGCAGGAAAAUAUUUUUUCGAGAUUUGGAUGUCCUAAAGUGAUUAUUAGUGAUGGAAGAACACAUUUUACAAAUAAACAUUUUAGGGAACUAUUGAAAAAGAAUGGAGUACACUAUAGAGUAGCCACUCCAUAUCAUCCCCAAACAAAUGGGCAAGCUGAAGUAGUAAAUAGGGACAUUUAGAGAAUUUUGAGAAAAAUAGUUAGACCAGAUAGGAAAGAUUAGCCCACGAAAUUAUAAGAUGCAUUAUGGGCUUAUAGAACAGCUUAUAAAAAUUCCAUAGGUAUGUCCCCAUUUCGUCUCAUUUUUGGAAAGCCAUGUCAUCUUCUUGUGGAAAUAGAGCAUAAAGCAUUAUGGGCUAUAAAAAAUUUAUGUAUGGAUGAGAAAUCAGCUGGUGGGCAUAGAAUUUUUCAGCUACAUGAAUUAGAGGAGUUGAGGAAUGAAGCUUAUGAAAAUCAUAGAAUAUAUAAAGAAAAAACUAAAACUUUCCAUGAUAAAUACAUUAGCAAAAAAAAAAUUGAUGUUGGACAAAAAGUGUGGUUAUAUGAUUCUAGGCUGAAAUUAUUCCCAGGAAAAUUAAAAUCAAAAUGGAAAGGGCCUUAUGUGGUGGAAGAGACAUAUGAUCAUGGGGCUGUAAUGAUUAAAGAUCCUAAAAGUGAUCAUAACUUUAAGGUAAAUGGACAACGGCUUAAACAUUAUAUAGAACAUGAACGCCUUGCAGAAAAAGAAAUUUUAUUAUUAAAAGAAAUUCAAGAGUAAGACCAAGGAGUCUAGCUGGAGACAUUAAAUUCAGCACUACAUGGAAGGCAACCCAUGGUUUUUAUUUCAUUCUGUUUGAUUUUUUUUUAAGCUCUAUUUUUCUUAGAAUUUCGUAGUACUUGUUUCUGUAUUUGUUUUUAUUUCUCGAAAAAGUGCAGGAGGAGUGUAAGAUGAAGUGGAAAAAUAAAAACAAGGUUGAGGUGAUGUCUUUCUGAACUUCAUCAUUUAUGAAAAUAUUUUUAAUGCUUAACUUUGCAGAUAUGCAUGCUUCACUUGAAAAUUAUAUUUUCUGCAUAUUCUGUUUCAAGUUUUCUGUGUCAUUGAGGACAAUGUCAUUUUUAAGUUGGGGGGUGAAGUAUUCAUUAUUAAUUUAUGCUGUAGGAAAAUUAAGAACAUGUGUUUGUAUUUUAGUCAACUUAGAACAGCAACUAAAAAAAUAAAAAUAAAAUAAAAUUCGGAAAAAUUGCAACAUCUAUUUUCUGGUUUUCUGUUAGAAACAACAAACUGUCAAAAACAGCAGACAAAAAACAUUUUGAAAUUUGAAAUUCUAGAAGACCCUUUUCUCACAUUUCAAUCCCCUAGAUAUAUAUUACUGAAAUUCGAAAUUACAGCUAUAAAGAAGAUAGUUUUAAUUUAUUUUUGACAAAUUUAUUGCUGCUAAAAAUAGAACUGAAAAUAGAAAACGGAAUUGUCAGAACUAUCUAAUUUACAAAUACCUUACAUCAUAUUACAUGCAUGAAAAAUUAAAUCAAUUAGAUUGAUUGAUACCAAAAGAUACUAGGAAGAUUAUUAUUGAGUCAAAAGAAUGAUCUAGUAGCAUAAAAUGUUGGAAUACUCCUUGGAUACAUGAUAGAUAACAUGGAUUUGAUUUUACAGAUUUUCACUUUAUGAUCUUGAUAGAUAGUAUUUACUUGAUGUGAAAAUUUGAUUGAUCAUUUGAGUUUAAUGGAGAUUUUUGCACCCUGAUCUAUAGGACUUGUGAGGAGAAAUCACUUAUUUUGAAAAAAAAAAAGAGAGAGCAAUGUGAAAAAUCUAGAAACAAAGAGUACACAUGGAGGGUGUGAGACAUCAUUCUCAUUGUCGAAAAUCAUGCAUAGAAAAACACUUGCUGAAAAAUAAGUGGAUAAAGUGAAAGCCCUGAAAAUGAAGAGUACACAUGGAGGGUGUGAGACAUCAUUCUUAUUGUCAAAAUUUGUCUACAGGAAAAGCUACUUAUCCACUAUUUAUUAAAAAAAAAAGAAGAAAAAGAAGGAAGAAAUAUAGUGCAAACUUCAAAAAUCAAGUCAUAGAAAAAGGGAAAUGUAAGAUCAAUAUUAUUCUUGGAUGAGUAUUGAUAAUUGGAACAUCUUGUAAAUACAUCUAUUAGUGAAGAAGUGAUAAAGAAGUGAAGUCUAGAUUGUUAUUCUAAGGAUUGUUUAAAUAUUUAAGUGCUUGACAUCAUUCUUAAAUACUUGAUAUAAGAAUCCAAAGUGUUUAAAGGUUCAUCAUUUCUAAUUAUAUAUUUUUUUCUAUAUUGAAAUAUGAUGUUUGAGAUUUGUAAAAUUUUAUUUUCGUAAUUCCAUUGCUAAGAGACUAGCAAUGAUUUAAGUUGGGGGGUGUGAUAAGUCUUCAUUAUCAUGAGUUAAUAAUUAGUAAAUAAUAUAGUUUUACCCUUAACUCAUAAUAAAUACACUUAUAUUUGUGUUAAAGAAUGAUUUUUGGUUUUCAAUUGAUUAACGUAAAUUUUUGGGUAAUUAUGUGAUUUUAUACGAUUUUUACAGUCUUACCUUUGAGAUAAAUGAAGAAAAAGAAAUAAAAAUAAAAAAUAUUACAAAAUAGGGGGACUUGCCAGCCAGCCGGGCCCGCAAGCGGGUCGGAAGUGCAGUCGGGGAGUAGCCGUGAGCAGGGGCUCAAGUGGCUUAGCUUAGACCAAUAGGGGCACGUGUGCGCCACUCCCCUUCCACGUCACCAGUGGCCAGCUGGCUGUGGGGCAAGUAGUGGUCAUACACGCGAGAGAAGGGAUUUUUUAAUUUGAUUAUUACGACUUUCCUGCAGAUCGUCGGUGAAGGAUUAAGCAACAAGAACCGUUGGAUCAUCGGCGAAAAUCUCGUCAACACGAGUCGCGGAGCAUUGCUACUAAAAUUGUUGAACGAUUUGCGAUAAAAGGAUUGCGAAUCCAUCGAGUAAAUCAUCUCCGAUUGAUCAACGAACAAGCCAUCAUCAGGGAACAGGACGAUCCACUAGGAGACCAGUUGCCACCUCCUGAGAGUAUACCAAAUGCGAUGAAGAGCCUCCUCUUGCUGCGCAAACUUGAGGAUGAAGCUCCCUGACAUGUGCCCCACCUCCAUCCAGCUCCUCUCUGUCGGGUGACAGCUGCCAGAGAUGAUUCGAUGACCCACUUCAUUGAUCUCUAGACUUCGCGAGAAGAUCUAGAGAUUGCCCACGUUGUCUUUGUCCAAGGAGAGCCUUCGAGGCUGUGGACACUGCACAACGAUCCUCCCAAACGCUCAGGAUUCCAGUGCAUCGCCGACGCAUUGCCAUCGCGAUGCUGGAACUUUGUUUUCCUGCUUUCAAUUUAAUUUACACUUCAUUUAGUGAUACUUUGUGUGAUUUUAAUUUACCAAACUAUACUUUGUUCAAUUAUGAUUCUUUUGGCUUUUACAGAUCUUAAUUUGAUUAAUUAAGUCGUUUGUAAUUGCUUACGUAAGAAUCACCAGGCAGAACUCUGUUUCCGCCUGAUUCGCGUUCGCCCGGCACUGACAUCAUCUUGACGUCCGCACCCUUAUUUCCCUAUUUUUUAUGAAUUUUAAAUAUAUUUCCUUUUUAUUUCUUAGUAUAAAAUUCGUAAGAAAAUCAUAUUCAUUGAGAAAAAUUCUAAAUAAUUAUCAGAUAUUAUAUUACAUCCCUAUGAUCGACUUGGAAAAUUACCGCUAUUUUUGGAAUUUUUAUUUAAUUAUAAUUGAUAUAUUUAUUUAGAAAUACUUCUAAAUAUCUGAAAAUUCAUAUUUUCUAGUUUUAUAAAUUUUAUAUUUGCGUGAUUUAAUAUACAACAACUGAGUCACGUCAAUUGUCUUUUUCUUGAUGACAACUUGUUCGUCGAUCAAUCAGAGAUGUUUUACUCGAUGGAUUUGUGAUCCUUUUAUCAUGAAUUGUUCAGUAAUUUUAGUAACAAUACUCUACGAAUCGCAUUGAUAAAAUUUUUGUCGAUGAUCCAACAAUUCUGGUUCCUUAACCCUUCACCGAUGAUUUAUAGAAAAGUAGUGAUAAUCAAAUAACAAAUAUGAAUUUUUGCUUCGAGAGGAUUCAAAUGUGCACUAGUUGCCUCGCCCUUUCUAGGGAAGGUGACACGUGGUUAGUCCCACAUCGCUUGUGCAUCAAAGUGUUGGGCGAAUAUAUAGUAAUGUUAUAUUUUAAGGCAAGUCCCUUUCUCACACUUGUAUGACCACUCCUUGCCCCACAGCUGGCUGGCCAUUAGUGACAUGGAAGGGAGGUGUGGUGCACACGUGCCCCUAUUGGUCCAAGCCGCUCAAGCCCUUACUCGUGGCUACUCUCCUACUAUGCUUCCGACCCACUUGUGGGCCCGGCUGGCUGGCAAGUCGCCCCCCAUUUUGUCUUAUUUUUAUUUUUAUUUCUUUUUCUUCAUUUAUCUCAAAAGUAAGACUGUAAAAAUCAUAUAAAUUUGUAUAAAAUCACAUAAUUAUCCAAAAGUUUGUGUUAAUCAACUAAAAACCACUUUUCACACUUUAACAUAAAUAUAAGUCUAUUUAUCAUGAGUUAUGACUAAAACUAUAUUAUUUACUAAAUAUUAACUCAUGAUAAUGAAGACUUAUUGAUGGCAAGCGGGACCCAUCUUCAUCAGCUCAAGAGACACCAAUAGUUUGAGUUCAGCCCGAUCGACGCACGAAGAUGAAGGUGCUGGGCUUUCACUACAUGGCCUAGCCUUUCGGGACGACGACAUUCUACCUUCGUGAUGACGACGAGCUCAAGCUCACCCUUAUCUUUCUUGGUAUUUUCAUGUUGACUUGUUGGGCCUCGCAUUUGUGUGUUAGCAGGCCCAAUUCUAUGUGUGUGUGUUGUUGUUUGUGUCUCCCUUUCUUUAGGGUUUUAUUGGGUCACUCUUUUGAGGCCCAAUUAAAACCCUGAGGGGGGGGGAUCUAUGUGUCUUUCUUUUUGGGCCUCUCUUGGGGCUUAUUUGGUUCUUCAUUUGAGGCCCACUUAAGCACCAUAAGAGAGCCCUCCUCUUUCUCCUUUUAGGGGAGCUUAUGGAGUCUCUCUUUAAGAGGCCCAAUAAGCCCCUUUUGUAGCCUUUUUGUGGCUUAUGAGCUUGAGGGCCUCACCUCCCCUUAGCCCACUUGUGGGCCCCAUAUAAGGGGAGGUAGGACCCCUCUCAAGGAAGCGUUGUAUUUUUGAGAGAAAUUAUUGUUUUGUGAGUACCUUCUCCGUGAUCUAGGAUAGGGAGGGAAGGAGGAAGAGGAAGGCCGUCGAUACCCCCUUCGAGGACUUCGUUCCUCGUGAUGUUGCUGCUCGCAAAGUCCCGCCGCUGCCUGAGACCACUGCCGCCGCCGGUCAUCUCAUUGCUGCUCAAGAGUUCGCCACUGUCACUAGACGAAACGGUCGCAGUUGCCGCUGCAGCCGCCACCACCUCUGCUGGAACCCCGUCACGCUGUCGUGAUAAAAGGGACUCGCUUCGCCUCCCUACGAGCUGUCGCCAUGCACUUUGCCGGAGUCUCUCGACUCCUAGUUUGACUGCCGCCUCUUCCUUCAGAACUCCACCCCAAACUCACUAGGGCCGCCUUCUGCUGCUCCGCCCAAUCACUGGCCGUUCGCCGAUGAACGCCAACCUGCCGCCAACGUCGAGAGAGACCCUGCAGCCAUGCCAAUGACCAGAACCAGUCCGAGCUCCUCACAGGCCCCUGCCGGAGUUUCCCAACGCUCCACCGCCGUCGCGCCGUUUUUGGUGCCGCUUAGACCAAGAGAGCUCAACCCUCCCUGGUAUCAUCAGCUAGAUCGUCUCCUUCCUUUUCUCCACUUCCUAGUGCCACCAGAGAGGGCCGAUCCUUCUGGCGACGGUUGGGUCUCCGCCCAGCCGCCCACGCUCGGCUUUCCCACUGAAGUGCGACUGGCGCUCGGCCUUCUCGCCGAAGCACCGCUGACAUUCGGCAUUUCCAGCGAAGCGCCACUGACAUUCGGCAUUUCCAGCGAAGCGCCGCUGAUGCUCGGCCUUCCUGCCGAAGUGCUGCUGACGCUUGGCCUUCCCACUGAAGCGCCGCUAACGCUUGGCAUUCCUGCCGAAGUGCCCCUACUACGUGCGCCCUACGUGUCGGCUCCUGCAGCCUGCGUGCCCACUUGGCGCUGCCACCCUUGUGCCCUAAGGCCACUGUGCAGCUUGCCGUGCACGCCCACUAGCGUGCCCUUCGGCCCACCAGCAGGCCCACGCCUGCUAGCAUGCCACGCCUUAUGACGAUGAUUAUUGUGACUCUCGAUUAGGACCGACCAUCGACGCUGAGCAUCGCUCUUCACCAGACGUCUCUACCUUCAUCAAAUCUCUGCUCCAUCAUGACCCGCUAAGCUACACAGCCCCAAAGGUCAGCUCUGUACCCCUUCUUAAGUUUAAUUAUCUUUCGAAGGGCUUUCUCAGCUCGUCUCCACUGUCAUCAAGAGAAUGUAGAUAGGAUAGGACAGUUAUUGGAUCAUGACUUCCGAUGCUAUGCUAGAUUUGUCACCGUUCGUGAGCUGCAGCCCUAGGCUACCUCACGACAACUGUUCCGCCAUCUGUUCAAACGUGGACCGAGAGGGCCUCACCUUACCAUCGUCGAGUGUUUUCCCGAGUUGUUUUGGGUUGAUAUUGCAUAUUGGUAUAUCUGCCUGUACUUAGGUUACGUGGUCAGACCUAGAGUCUAGGGUCCAGACAUUCUUAUCGGAUCGGUCCUGCAUCACUUAUCAAUGCAAAAUGAUGGUGGCUGUUCUCAACUACCAUCUUGACGUGACUCAGUCGUUGUAUAUUAAAUCAUGCAAAUAUUAAAUUUAUAAAACUAGAAAAUACGAAUUUUCAGAUAUUUAGAAGUAUUUCUAAAUAAAUAUAUCAAUUAUAAUUCAAUAAAAAUUCCAAAAAUAGUGGUAAUUUUCCAAGUUGAUCACAAGGAUGUAAUAUAAUAUCUGGUAAUUAUUCAGAAUUUUUCUCAAUGAAUAUGAUUUUAUUACGAAUUUUAUACUAGGAAAUAAAAAGGAAAUAUAUUUAAAAUUCACGAAAAAAAGGAAAUAAGGGUGCGGACGUCAGGAUGACGUCAGCACCUGGCGAACGCGAAUCAGGCGGAAACAGAGUUCCAUCUGGCGAUUCUUACGUAAGCGAUUACAGACAACUUAAUUAAUCAAAUUAAGAUCUGUAAAAGCCGGAAGAAUCGUAAUUGAACGCAGUAUAGUUUGGUAAAUUAAAAUCAUACAAAGUAUCACUAAAUGAAGCGUAAAUUAAACUGAAAGCAGGAAAACAGAGUUCCAACGUCGCGACGGCGAUGCGUCGGCGAUGCACCGGAAUCUUGAGCGUUCAGGAGGAUCAUCAUGUAGUGUCCACGGUCUCGAAGGCUCUCCUUGGACAAAGAUGACGUGGGCAAUCUCUAGAUCUUCUCGCAAAGUCUAGAGAUCAAUGAAGUGGGUCGUCGAAUUGUCUCCGGCGGCUGUCACCCGGCGGAGCGGAAAAACGGCGACUUUGCAGCUCCCCGACGGCUGUCACCCGACGGAGAGGAGCUGGAUGGAGGUGGGGCGUGUGUUAGGGAGCUUCAUCCUCAGGUCUACGCAGCAAGAGGAGGAUCUUCAUCACAUCUGGUACGCUCUCAGGAGGUGGCGACUGGUCUCCCGGCGGAUCGUCCUCUUCCGGACGACGGCUUGUUCGUCGAUCAAUCGGAGAUGAUUUACUAGAUGGAUUCGUGAUCUUUUUAUCGCGAAUCGUUCAGCAAUUUUAGUAGCAAUGCUCCGCGAAUCGCGUUGACGAGAUUUUUGCCGAUGAUCCAGCGAUUCUCGUUGCUUAAUCCUUCACCGGCGAUCUGCAGGAAAGUCGCAAUAAUCAGAUAAAAAUAUAUGAAUUUUGACUCUGGGAGGAUUCGAACCCGCGCCGGUCGCCCCGCCUCUUCUGAGGAAGGUGUGACGGGGGUUUAGUCCCACAUCAAUUGUACGCCGAGUUUUCAAGUGAAUAUAUAGUAAUGUUAGCUUUGUGAGCAAAGUCCCUUCUCUCGCGUGUAUGACCACUCCUUGCCCCACAGCUGGCUGGCCACUGGUGACGUGGAAGGGGAGUGGCGAACGCGCGUGCCCUGUCGGUCCCCAAGCCAAGCCGCUCAAGCCCUUGCUCGUGGCUUACUCCCCGACUGUGCUUCACGCCCGCUUGCGGGCCCGGCUGGCCAGCGGGACCCCCCAUUUUUGCAAUAUUUUUAUUUUUAUUUCUUGUUCUUCAUUUAUCUCAAAAGUAAGACUGUAAAAAUCGUAUAAAAUCACAUAAUUACCCAAAAAUUCACGUUAAUCAAUUGAAAACCAAAAAUCAUUCUUUAACACAAAUAUAAGUCUAUUUAUCAUGAGUUAAGGCUAAAACUAUAUUGUUUACUAAUUAUUAACUCAUGAUAAUGAAGACUUAUCACAUCUCAAUCAACUAAAGGACUUCAUCAUUGCACCUAUUCGUGAACGUUCUUCCACUAGCAGCAUCUAAUAAGUCCAUGUCGGUCACCACUUGUCCCUCAAAAAAUCUGGAUCAAGUCAUAAUUUGGUACUCCAUGACAUGGGCACUACCUAGUGUAAUAUUUCAAUCUCUCCCACACUUGAAAAAAUGUCUCACUAGGUCCCCAUGUGAAACCUCUAGUAGCUUUUCUUGGAGCAUUCAUCUUCCCACCAAAUAGUAUUUCAAAAAUGUGGAUUCCAUCUCACCCAUGCAUUAAAUUCUUAGGCUAGUCCCCUAAGCCACUCUUUGGCUCUAUCCUUAAGGGUGACGGAGAACAACAUCUUAAAAGUAUCUAAAGGAAUCUUUGAGUAAUCCAUGGAAUAUAAGUAGAAGGCUAAUCAAAUGAGAGUCAGCUCUAAAAUUAACAUUCUGAUCUAAGGGUGCAUUAACUCUCAUAACUAGCCAACACUACAUUGGUGUGGAAUGAUCCCUCAACCUCAUCCUACCAUUGCCCUACUAAACUUGUUGGUUAUGAGCCAUGGGUGCUGAUUCUACUCUAACUUCAUUAUCAAAGACGAGGAAGAUGAAGAUGCUGAUUGCUUCAUUAUCAAAUCAAGCUUCGGGUCAACUAAGGGGGUUUUAUUAGAUGUAUGGCGGUACAUCAAUUGCGUAGUUCCACAUAAUAAGGGGUAAAAUUUUAAUAUGUCACUAAAAAUGGUAAAAUUAUAAUUUUAUUAGAAUAAAAAGAUUCAAUUAGCUUAAAAUUAAUUUUAGUCUAAAUUCAACAUGAAUUUCUCAAAAGUUGAGAGAUUACGUCAGCCAUAAAAAUCUAGAUAUUUCAAUAAUAAAGAAAUAGAUAAAAACUGAUAAUUAUAUAUUAAUAAAAAAUUCAAUCAUUUCAGCUCAAAUAAUAAUUAAUUCACGAAAUUCUUGAGUAUAAAUUAGGGUUUUAACCUAAUUUUUACCAAUUUUGAGGCAAUGAAGCAAAAUUAACUUCAUCAGAAAUUAAAUUGAAGUAAAAUGUAAAUUUUAACUCAAUUUUAGAAAAUUGCUCAAUAUAAUUCUCAAAUUGAUCAAAAUUAGCCCUAAAUUAAAGCUGAAAAAAAGAAAGCUUUCGAGAAAAACUCAAUUUUAUUCCAUUAAAUUCAAAUUAAAUGCAAUCACUCCCUAAAGUGGCUUAGUCAUUGUAUAGUAAAUCACACAAAUUUUAAAUUUAUAAAAUUAGAAAAUACGAAUUUUUGGAUAUUUAGAAGUAUUUCUGAUCAAAUAUAUCAAUUCUAAUUCAAUAAAACUUCCAAAAAUAGCGGUAAUUUUCUAGGUCGAUCACAAGAAUGUAAUAUAAAAUUUUAUACUAGGAAAUGAAAAGAAAAUAUAUUUAAAUUCACGAAAAAAGGAAAUAAGGGUGCAGACGUCAAGAUAACAUCAGCACCCAGCGAACAUGAAUUGAGCAAAAAUAGAGUUCCACUCGACGAUUCUUACGUAAGUGAUUAUAAAUGAUUUAAUUAAUCAAAUUAAGAUCUAUAAAAGCUUGAAGAAUCGUAAUAGAACAAAGUAUAUUUUAGUAAAUUAAAAUCACAAAAAUUAUCACUACAAAGAUGCAGAAAUUAAGUUGAAAGUAGGAAAACAAAAUUCCAGCAUCGUGAUGGCGAAGUGUCAGUGAUACAUUGGAAUCCUGAGCAUUCAAGAGAAUGGUCGUGUAGUGUCCACAGCCUCAAAGGCUCUCCUUGGACAAAGAUGACAUGGGCAAUCUCUAGAUCUCUUUGUGAAGUCUAAAAAUUAAUGAAAUGGGUCAAAAAAUCAUCUCCAAUGACUGUCAUCUCACAAAGCGGAAAAACAAUGACUUUGCGGCUCUCCAGCGGCUGUCACUCGACAGAGAGGAGCUGGAUGGAGGUGGGGCAUGUGCCAAGGAGCUUCAUCCUCAAGUCCGCAUAGCAAGAGGAGGCUCUUCAUUGCAUCUGGUACACUCUCAGGAAGUGAUGAUUGUCUCUUGACAGAUCAUCCUCUUCCUGACGACAUCUUGUUCAUCGAUCAAUCAGAGAUGCUUUACUUAAUGGAUUCAUGAUCCUUUUAUCGUGACUUAUUCAACAACUUUAGUAACAAUGCUUCGCGAAUUGUAUUGACAAGAUUUUUGCUAAUAAUCCAACAAUUCUGGUUGCUUAAUCCUUCACCGGUGAUCUACAAGAAAGUCACAAUAAUUAGGUGAAUUUUGACUCUAGGAGGAUUCAAACCUGCGUUUGUUGCUUACCCUUUCUAGGGAAGGCGUGACGUGACUCAAUCGUUGUAUAUUAAAUCAUGCAAAUCUAAAAUUUAUAAAAUUAGAAAAUACAACUUUUCAAAUAUUUAGAAGUAUUUCUAAACAAGUAUAUCAAUUAUAAUUCAAUAAAACUUCCAAAAAUAGCAAUAAUUCUCCAAGUCGAUCACAGAUAUGUAAUAUAAUAUAUGGUAAUUAUUCAAAAAUUUUCCCAAUGAAUAAGAGUUUCUAUGAAUUUUAUACUAGGAAAUGAGAAAGAAAUAUAUUUAAAAUUCAUGAAAAAGGGAAAUAAGGGUGUGGACAUCAAUAUGACGUCAGUGCCCUAGCGAACGUGAAUUAGAUAGAAAUAGAGUUCCACCCAAUGAUUCUUAUGUAAGCGAUUAUAGAUAAUUUAAUUAAUUAAGUUAAGAUCUAUAAAAGCCAGAAGAAUCGUAAUAGAACAAAGUAUAUUUAGUAAAUUAAAAUUACACAAAUUAUCACUAAAUGAAGCAUAAAGUAAGUUGAAAGUAGGAAAAUAAAGUUCCAGCAUCGCAACGGCAAUGCGUCGGGGAUGCACCAGAAUCCUGAGCAUUCAAGAUGAUCGUCAUGUAGUGUCCACAACCUCGAAGGAUCUCCUUGGACAAAGACGACGUGAGCAAUCUCUAGAUCUUCUCACGAAGUCUAGAGAUUAAAGAAAUGGGUCGUCGAGUCGUUUUCGGCGGCUGUCACUUGGCGGAGCAAAAAAAUAGUGACUUUGCAUCUCUUCGACGACUGUCACCUGAGAGGGAAGGAGCUAGAUGGAGGUGGGGCGCAUGUCAGGGAGCUUCAUCCUCAAGUUUGCGUAGCAAGAGGAGGCUCUUCAUUGCAUCUAGUAUGCUCUCAAGAGGUGGUGACUCAUCUCCUGGCAGAUCAUCUUCUUCCUGACGAUGGCUUGUUCGUCGAUCGAUCGGAGAUGAUUUACUCAAUAGAUUCGCAAUCCUUUUAUCGUGAAUCGUUCAGCAAUUUGAGUAACAAUGCUCCGCGAAUUACGUUGAUGAGAUUUUUGCCGAUGAUCUAACAAUUCUGAUUGUUUAAUCCUUCACCGGCAAUCUAUAGGAAAGUCACAAUAAUCAAAUUAAAUUAUGAGUUUUGGCUCUGGGAGGAUUUGAACCCAUACUGGUUGCCCUUGCCUCUUCUAAGGAAGGUGAUGGGUUUAGUCUCACAUCAGCCAAAUUUUCAAACAAAUAUAUAGUAAUGUUACAUUCCUAAGCAAAGUCCCUUUCUCGUGCGUGUAUGACCACUCCUUGCCCCACAGUCGGCUGGCCACUGGUGACGUGGAAGGGGAGUGGCACACAUGUGCCCCCAUCAGUUCAAGUUGCUUGAGCCCCUAUUCGCGGCUACUCCCUAAUCACUUUUCACACUUUAACACAAAUAUAAGUAUAUUAAUCAUAAAUUUAGACUAAAACUAUAUUAUUUACUAAUUAUUAACUCAUAAUAAUGAAGACUUAUCAAGGUGAUGCGGGUUUAGUCCCACAUUGAUUUGUGUCGAAGUAAUAUUACAUUCCAAAUCAAGUCCCUUUCUCAUGCUUGUAUGACCACUCCUUGUCCCACAACCGACUGGCCACUAGUGACAUGGAAGGGGAGUGGUGCACACGUGCCCCUGACGUGACUUAG